AGAGAAUCCAGGCCUCCAGGCCGCUGCUGCUCUUCUGCCCAACGGGGAAUCCCACAAAGAGCCAGCAUGGAAGUGGAACCCAUGGAAGCAUCAGCCUCAUUGCCUCCAGCAGCAACAUCUCAGUCUUGGGAGGCAAGGGCAGUUGCAGAGGAGGAGGUGGUGCCCCCCAGCAGCACAUCACCCACGGCUUGCGAGGUGGAGGAAGAGUUGAUCCUGCCUGCUUCCACCUCCCUGCAGAGCGAGGAGGAUACAGUCUUCCCGCACUCGACCUCCUUGGAAGGGGAGGAUGAGCUCCCGGACAUUUCCCUGCCCUCCUCGUCUGAGUGGCCAGAGCCACAGGGCACAAGUCUCAGUGAACCAUCCUCCGUGCCGCUUGAGAGUUCCCCUCUCACGUGCUCCUCACUUUCGCUCUCCCUGUCGCCGCUGUCCUGGAAGGAGCCCUCCAAUGGGUUGCUUCCACAACUGGAAGAGACAGAAGGCCGUGGGGAGCAUACCGGUGCCCAAGCCAUGUUGGGCCCGGGCGACCAGACGAAAGCCACGAAGAAGGGCCCGCCGGCCAAGAAGGCCAUGCCAAGCUACGCGGUGAGGACCAUCGUGCCAGCCGAGAAGGAGGAGCUGGUGUCGGUGGCCAAGGCCAUGCACCGAGAGAAAUUCGCCAAAAAUACCAAGGAGCUCUUCCACCUGGAGAAGGAGGCGGCCCUCAAGUCCAUCCAGACAGGUCUCUACAUCGGCUGGCGCUGUCCUGAAUACCUUUGGGAUUGUUUCCGAGUGGGUGAUAAGUCCAAGUGCUUCUGUGGGCACCUGCUGAAGCUGCACCAGGUGUACGUGGAGAAACGAGCCACUGUGCCCUGCACUGUGCCAGGUUGCCAAUGCCAGGGAUUCCUCUUCGUUCCUUCACGCCCAGAGGAGGUGGGUGAGUUCUGGCUUCGGAGAAGAACCGGCUUUGAUGUGGCAGCCUGGCGAGCAAAAUGCCGGUGCACACACACGCAUGAAGAACACACGCCCAUCGGUGCACGGAGAUGCUGCGUCCGAGGUUGCUCCUGCAUGGCCUUCACCUCCAGCUUCCUGUGUGCAGCCUGCGACCGACGCUGGGAGGAGCAUGAAACCUUCUUUGAGUCAGAGGAGACGCGGCGCAGAGGUGGCCGACCUUACGGAGAAGCUUACCUGCCCUUUACCGAGCUGCCCGAGCUGCAUGGGGUCGUGUUGACGGGGCGCGCUGAGGACCCUUCCGCCUCCAGGGCUCUGCAGGGCCAGGCCUGUCAGACCCUGCCCACCUCUUCCGGCUCAAGGGCUCUGCCUCUUCCCCCCCCAGGACCCCGGCGGUUCCUGCAGAAAGACGACAAGAAGGCUUGAGGCGGCCUCCUCCGCCCUAUUUCCUGCUGAGCAUGGGAGGCACAAUAAAGAGAGCUUACUCGGCGGGGGUCUUUGUGGCUUUGUCUUUGGAGUCCCAAGUGGGGGGCCUGGGCUCAGUGGGGAUUCAAGGCUGAGGGUGGGAUUCUUCUCCCUGGAGUGGUGGUGGGGGGCUGGUAGGAUCCCCUUCUGUGCCCAGCAGGAUGUGAACAUCCCCUGCCCUAGCUGCCAGCCCUGCAGGGAUGUUGGAGGGAAAAGAGACUGUCCUCCCCUUUAGAAAGGAGCCCCGCCCGCUGGCACUGCUCUGUGCUGCCUACUAGGGGGCGGGUCCUGAAUUACCAUGAAGCCUUAUCUCCCUUCCACCCCAGACUUUCCACUAUCAGGGCAAAGAGGCCCUCUGCUUUUGUGUAGCUCCAGAAGGGCUGCAGCACAUCCAGCUGAGGAGCUGCUGCCCUCUGGCCACUUGUGACUACGGGAAGGGCCCUUGGUCUGGUUCCGUUGGGUGCAGCUGGCAGCAUUGGAGGGCACUCACCAGGCUUUCCACCUCCCUCUAAGAGGGCAUCCAAGCCUGCCAGAAGAGCCGUCACUGGCUGGUCUGAAGAGGCCUUUCUUUGGCAGAGGGAUGUGCUCAGCAUUUGGCUGUCUGCUUAGUUGAGGCAAGGGAGAGGCACCUGCCCUCCCCCAUUUGGAUAAGGGAGUCGGAGAUGGUGGGGUGUGUGGAAUCAGGGGGGCCCAGAGCUGGACAUUGUCCAUCCUCCUGAGCUGCGAUUCAGCUGCAGUUGGACAACACAAUAAUACAGCACAAAUCCUGAUUUGCUGAAGAGAAGCCUGUAGCUGCCUGGCAGGUCUUCUCCCUGGCUGACUCUGCCCUGGUGGGGUUCUUGACUGAUGUCUGCACACCAUCCCCCACCCAGUUGGGGGGCGCACACUCCAGGCCCUGGUCCUGGGAUGUGGGGCAUUCCUGCACAAGGGAUGGGAGGGGCACAGCUGACUUUCCUGGGCUGUAGGCUUGCUUUGAGUCACCUUCGAGUC